AUGCUUAUGCAUUACAUUGAAGAAGUCAAAGCUGUUACACAAGUGCUUGAUCAAGAGGAGGAGAUUGCUAUGCAAGAAUUUGCCAAAUUCGAGGCAAAGUUGAAGGAACAGAAGGGACCAGAUGCCAUUGCUUCAACAGUAGGGAAAGGGAGCUUGGAUACUGCAGAAGCCUGA